CUCUCUCGCCUCAUGCACAACUGAAAUGGUUCACUUUACGACUUUGCCUUUGUUUCUCUGCACCGUUGGUUUUAUCUCAGAGACUCUGUGCUCUUUAACUCUGGAGGCAGAAGCUGGAGAUAACGUCACUAUUUGGUGCCAACAUGACCUGAAACAUCCAGAUAAAAUCUUCUGGUUUAAACACACAAGUGGUUCAGUUCCACUUCUUCUUGGGUGUAAACAGUUUUUUACAUCAGCUCCAUCAGAAAACUGUUACUUCUUUACUGAAAGUGAGAGAAUAGUGAUGUCUGUUCAUGGCAAGAACACGUCUCUCACAAUCACUGCAGUAAACGUCUCUGAUACAGGACUGUAUUACUGCAGCUUCAGGCAGCUCGACCAAAUGAACUUCAGCAACUCGACCUCUUUACAGGUGAAAGAGGAAAAUGAAACUCUUUCAAAGAACUCAGUCAAAGCAAAAGGAAUUUUUCCAGUUCUCCAAGGUCCAGACUGUUCUUCUGAGUUCUUCAUACUGAAUGCGGUGUUUGGUGCCGUGAUCGUGAUUCUUCUCGGUGUCCUGAUCUUCAUCAUACUGAAGCACAGAAAAACACACAGAGAUGAGAACACUGACAGACUAGACAAUGAGGAACAGGAGCCUGAUUCGAUGAAUUACGCAGGUCUACAGAUCACUAAUAAGAAAACCAAGAGCACAGGGAGAGAUGGUGAAAUAGUAGAUCAACACGUUUUAUAUUCUACUAUACGACAGUAAUAUUGCAAUAAUUAAUGUAGAGCAGCAUGCUUAAAUAACAUCUUAUGUAAUUUAUUUAACGGUAAUCAGUGGUCAGCUGUUGGAAGUGAUGGACUUUGUUUACUGCUUUACAUCACAACAGAAAAUAUUUACAUUUUAAAAAUAACUAUAGUACUGUAACUACUUACACUGUAAAAAAAUGUCUGUGUAAUUUACAGUGAAAAACUGUUAAAUAACAACAGUACAUGGACAAAUGGGGAAAAAUAAUAAUGUCCAAGACAUCAAAACAUUGUACUGUAAAUAGUAAUACAUACCAAUAGUGAGAUUUCUACUGUAACAAAGUGUAAACCUAAACAAACUGUGCUGUAUAAAGUUCUGUUCACUUUCAGAAGUAAAGCUGAAAUACCAUCAUGUGUUAAACAAAUGUUUACCUUCAAUUUUACAUGCCCACACUGUUACAUAUCCAGACUUGUAAAUUAGUGGACUUUUCAUGAAUAAAUAUUGUGCAAUGAAAAAACUCUAAUCCAGUAAUGAUUUGUCUGAAAGAGAGCUCGGAAGCCAGUGCACGUAUAGUAUGUGUGCCUAGCAAGU